AUGAUUCUCGAUGGUGUUCGUCUAUACAAGUCAUGCAAGUUAGAAGCGGCCAAGCAUAUGUUUCGUCAGGCUCAGAAGCUUGACCCAAGAAUGCCUGAUGCAUACUAUUAUCUAGCACGGAGUUUUGGGUACUGUCGUGUCUCCGAAUCAUUGACAUAUUCUGAGAAGGCAACUGAAUUGUUCGCAGAGGCAUUGUUGCGUGAUUAUGCGAUCCAACAACAUACCUCCCCAACUAUUGGUCAUGAUAAUGGACACUCGUCAAAGAAACUACAAGCAUUGGCCUUGAGUAUUUCGCUGACCAUAGAUCAGAGUUUUAAAGAUCUAUCUGAACCCCGGUUUGCACAAGUCAACAGAGACAAACCAACUUGGAUCACAAACGAUCAAACACUUGACCGGAUAUCCAGAAUAGCAUUGCGAGUGUUUGGACGUCACUCCGAAGAUGCUCUCAUGAGAGAGAGGCAUUGGGACAUGGCUUGGACCAGAGCAAUGUUCCUGAUGGGAGGAUACCUCAGUAAUGGCCAAAGCAAGAGAUUCACUCCACGUGAACCACCUGAAAAUCGCUCGUUGGAAAAUAUACGGGAAGCAUGUGGCUUGCUUGAAUGGGCCAUAAAGUCAGCUGAAUGGAUGCGAAAGUCGGAUCUUGAAAAAUUGGGGAUUACCAAAACAUAUGUGACUGCCCAACGUUAUGCCACUUGUAUGCGGGAUCUUGAGGCCUGGGGGGGCUUGCGCUCACCACCACAACAAUACCCUCAAGCCUUUUCCUGGGUACAAAUCUCUGGCCUCCGAGGCAUCCCUGGUGACGUUCUAAACAAUAAACUUGGAAUUGUGCAUGAGGCCAAGUCACUCAAUGAUGGCAGAGUUACAGUGAAGGUUGAUGGGAUUGAUGGUCAUAAGCACAUGUUUCCACAGUAUCUUGUAGUUCUUCCUCUGCGCUCUUUGAUCUCAACAAUGGUGUUAUGUCUUGAUGAAGGCGUCCAAUGGAUGUUUAUGCGGGCAUAUUACAAACAUUGGUUGCUCACAGGGCAGCCAGCCAGAGGUGACCGUGACAGACAACUGCCAGUGGGCAUUAUAGAAUAG